CUUCCACAAUGGUGUUGCCAUCCCACAUCCCAUCGUUGCGACAGUUUAUGCUGCGACGAGAUGUCAUGGUCCUGUACCGUGACAUGUUCCGCACCAUUCGAGAGGUGAAUGACAGCUACUAUCGCGAGUACCUGCGUGAUUGGGUGCGCACCGAGUUCAAGAAUCAUAUCAAGGAGACAGACGAGAGGGAAAUCCAGCUCCUGGUGGCGCAAGGCAGGAAGAGGCUACAGGAGUUUCAGACCAGCAUGGACAACGCCUUCUAUCGCACGUAGCUUCGAGCGUGCACACCUUUCAUACUGACACGACGCACCGCACUGCUUGCAUGCUGUGGCUGUAACAAACCGAGUAAACGACCCCAACUCUGAGC